AUGUCUCGCUACAAUGGGCUGUCCUUUUUCGCCAGGGCCCCGCUUACUUACGAGACGCUCGCUGAAAGAUGCCGUGUUUUUGGCCGCCAAAACAAGCACCCGCCAGCACAGCUUGUGGACUACAUUUUGGCCAACAGAAAGUUGCAGAAAAUCAACCGGGGCCUCGGGACGGGCCUCCGAUUCGGCACGCUAGGCUCGUCCCUCGGCCUCCCGCUCAAUGUUUCCAGUGCCCGGCUUGAGCAGGAUCUCUGGCUGUUUGUGUGCAAAUAUUGGGCCCCGUGCGUGGCCUCGGAUCACGUGGUCACGACCUAUGUGUGCACCAACAAGAACGGCAAUGUCAGCACGCUGUUUCGCCUUGUGCGAGAGAACUUUGCUUCCAAGCUCAGCGGCAACGUGUGGCCAAGCACUGGGCCGGUGACGGCGCUCACCCACGUGCUUCUCCGGGAAAACGAUUUCCACGGUUGCUUCAGGUUGAUCGAUGAUACCGUAAACAGCGCAGAAUCGAUGGAUCUUCGAAGGCACCAGCUUCUCCGGCAAGCCGCAAAAACAGGCGUGGCUGCCUUCACGUGUGGACUAGGCCUCUCUGUAUGGUACACCCUGCUCGCCACGUCAGACAUACUCGGCUUGCUCGAUGGGGUCGCCGAUUUGUGGCCCGUUCUUGCCCUAAGUCUAGCCUCUGGCCUUGGCACUUUCCUCGGGUUUCAGUGGCUCAAGGCGGCGAGCCUCCCCCGGAUUCUGUGGAGACCGCACACGAGCAUGUGGCACCGCGUGUUGCACUUUGAAGAGGCGCUGUUCGUGAACAAGAUCGUCACGUAUUACGAGGAGUACAACGAGGUCAACGUCAAGAACUUCCAUUUGUCGGAGGUGCGCGAGCAGGCUCGGCUGGAUGUCUUGGACCAGAGUGACUACGAGCUCCAUCUCCCGGACCCGGCCAGUGGUGCGGACGACCACGAUAAGAUCCAUGCAACAGAGGCAUUGACGCGCUAUUUCCGCCAGGAGUUGUAUCUGCGCAAAAUGGUGUGGCGGCCAUUUAAGGAGCAAAAGAUGUUUUUGGACUUCUGGCUCAGCCACGGCGACUCCUACGAGUGGGUUGAGCCGGACCAGGAUCCUGCGGAAAUGGCCUUUUUACGGCCACUCGAAGACGCCGCGAAGCCGGUGCUCUCUUUGGGGUCCGGUGUUCAGGCAAGAGGCUCAAAUACUAGGUUCUGA